GUUAGUUCGUUGAUUCAUUUUGAAUCUAGACAACAAAAAUAUGGGUUCUGGAGCGAGUAAGAAAGAGAACGAGGAGGAAAAUUUGAAGGCCAAGAGAGUAUGGAAGAAAGUUCAAGUACUAACAUAUUUAAAAGGAAAAGUCGAUCAGGCCUAUCCGACAAUGUCAAGGGACGAGAUGAGGGAAUUUAUCAGACGAAGCAAAGAAGAGAAGGAGCUAUCAUGGAAAGAGAUAGAGAAUAGCACUGUAUCGGAGCAGGCGUUCAGUAGAUUCCCAGAUUUAUAUGAAAAUAAAUCGCCAAAAUCUGUUUGUAAAGACUCUGAACUAGAACACGAAAAUCUGAUGAAGAGUCAAAGGGGAACAUUAGUAAAUGAUAGUAAUUGCACUAUUUGUAACAAGCUCGCUCUUAGUUCUUGCCAUUCCUGUCGAAUUUGCGGUAGAACUUUCCACAAAAAAUGUUUGGAAAAUCAGAAGGUCUUCGACGAAUUUGUUAAAAAUUCUAACACAGAUAUCGGAUGGAGUUGCCCGGAUUGUGAUAACAUUCACGACUUGCUAUCACCUCAAGAAAUGAGUACAAUGUGUGAUGAAUUUGAGGAAUUAGACAAAAAUAGAGACGCUUCCAUCUCUUUAGAAGAGUAUAUUGAAUUCAAGAAAUCUUUGUAUAGAAGAGAGGAAGGAAGUGAAAUGCCUGAAUUCGAAGUUGAAAUGAAUAUGUAUAAUUUCAGAUUUAUGGAUUUAGAUAAUUCUGGAUCUAUUGAUUACUGGGAAUUUAUUAAACAUGAAUCAUUAUCCUACUUGAACAGAAGAACAAAAUGUCAUAUCGAAAUUGUUAAUGAAACUAUUAUGAUACAGAAAGAAGUGGUUUUAUUAUUAACGGUUCGAGAAGUGGAGAAACUCAGACGUCUCUUCCAAAAAUUCGAUGUCGACAGGAACGGAGUAAUAACCGAAUUAGAGGCUCAUCGUGCCUAUAAAUCCUGGCUUGACGAGUUGGAGAGAAGUCGUUUGGCUUGUUUAGAAAAAAGGAUAAAGAAGACUAGUGAGAAUGGUAUGACGAGACCCAACUACCCAGGAGCAGGAAUAGCGGCUGAAAGAGCUGGCAAUAGCGCUAACGUUUUCAUGCAAGCUGAUUUUGAUAGGGACGGAAUCGUUACGUGGGAAGAGUUUGUGAAAGAUCAAGCGAUUUAUAUGAUUGCUGGACGUCCAAAUAAAGCUAUAUUGCUGCAUAAUCCAACUCGUAUGCUCCUCACGUGA